AAUUGGGUGCGACAAUGGGCGAGAAAUUUUUCUAAAUGAUUCCAGAGGUUGUUACAUUUAACAUUCGAAACAGUAAGCGCUAAAUAAAGUAAUAUUCCAUCUUUUUUUUCUUUUGGAGAUAACAUUUUCACGUCCCCGAUGUAAAUAAAAGCCCGUACCCACCGAGCCGUUUGGAUAAGAAUUAUCGUAGUCGGAUAUAAACAGGACAUUCUUUUUAAACUUAUACAUACCUAUAUCUAGAACAUUAUGGUCGUUAAAUAUUUACUUUUGCGCUAUUGGCGUUUAUAAACACGCGGUUCCUCGUAAACGUUAGAUUAGGCUUAAAUGUAACCAUUUGAUUAUCUCGGUACGCUAUACAGGGUGGCUUGUGCGCGAAGUAAAGACUGGUGGGAAAUUCAGUGAAUUGCAAAUUUAAAACAAAGCAUCAUAAAACCUUUUUUAAUGACAUUUUAAAUAUGACGUCACGCGAAAACGCCUAGUGACUCCAGGAUGCAUUAAAUAUCAGCCAGUAGGAGCUGUUAAACUAACCUAAACUCUUUUAUCUAAGACUUAUGCGUUAAUUUAUAGGUUAUGUGUUUUAACCUCGCUUUAACCAGGUCGCUACAAAUUUAGAAUGCGCGUAAAAUUAUUCUGGGUUAGUGUAUUUCAAAAGUAUUUGGCAGGAUUCGCGACGAUGCCCAAUUUAGUUCUGCGUCCAUUGAUAAUAUGCGGUCCGUCUGGAGUCGGUAAAAGUACCCUGGUCAAAAAACUGAUGGAAGAUUUCCCCGACAAGUUCGGAUUCACUGUGAGUCACACCACGCGAUCACCUCGCGUGGGAGAAAUUCACGGCAAACAUUACUACUUCACCGACGAAGAAACAAUGAAGAAAGCCGUCGACAAUGGCGAAUUUUUGGAACAUGCUGUUUUUAGCGGCAACUACUACGGGACCAGUUUCAGGGCUAUCGAGGAAAUCGCGAAAAGGGGUCGCGUGCCCGUGAUGGACAUCGACAUGCAGGGCGUGAAACAAGUAAAGACGAAAAUCAAAUCUUGGAGUGUGUUCGUGCAGCCUCCUUCGUUGGCGGAACUCAGAGAGCGGUUGGUGAGGAGGAAAACCGAAACGGAAACUAGUUUGGAACGGAGACUUGCCAAAGCUAUGGACGAGAUUAAAUUCGGAUUAACGCGGGGGAACUUCGAUGCUGUGAUAAUGAACGUGGACUUGGACAAAGCGUACGCGGAACUUAAGGGCUUCGUCCGAGAGAACGUGCUCUCGCAGAACUUCUACAAAGGGACAAUUGACGAGAGUUAAGGAAAAAUGAGGUGCAAUUUUUUGUGAAAGAAAAUUCAACUACAUGAAUUUUUUAUCUGCUGAUUCUACGCCAUAACAGCAAACAAGUAUUACGGUUGCGCGUGAAAGUAUUAAUGAUUAUAGGUUAGAAAAAUCUACACCAUAUAAAAGAAAUAACGCAUAACAUGUAGUAUGUAAACAAUGCUUCUUCUGG